UUUUAUCAUUUUGAUUAGAUCCAAGGAAAAAGUAAAAAACACAGAGAAGCUUCUUCUAAAACGAUGCCGUACUACACAAGAGACGAAGACGAUGUCGACGAUUUCGAUGAGUUUGAUCCAACGCCGUACAGUGGUGGUUACGACAUCACGGUGAUUUACGGCCGUCCGAUUCCACCUUCCGAUGAGACUUGUUACCCUCUCUCAUCUGGUGUCGAUGAUGAUUUCGAAUACGAGAGACCUGAAUUUACUCAGAUCCAUGAGCCUUCUGCUUACGGAGAUGAAGCUCUUAACACUGAGUACAGUAGCUAUUCUCGACCCAAGCCACGACCCGCAUUUCGACCCGAUUCAGGUGGUGGUGGCCAUGUUCAAGGUGAAAGACCAAAUCCUGGUUAUGGAUCUGGAUCCGGUUAUGGGAGGAAACCGGAAUCGGAGUAUGGAUCCGGUUAUGGUGGUCAGACGGAGACUGAAUCUGGAUACGGUGGACAAACGGAGGUGGAGUAUGGUCGGAGACCUGAACAGAGUUAUGGAUCUGGUUAUGGUGGAAGGACGGAGACUGAAUCGGAGUAUGGAUCUGGUGGUGGUGGAAGAACUGAGGUUGAGUAUGGUCGGAGACCUGAAUCUGGAUAUGGUGGGAGAUCGGAGACUGAGUAUGAGCGUAAGCCUAGCUAUGGAAGGUCUGAGGAACAAGAAGAAGGUUAUAGAAAGCCUAGCUAUGGAAGAUCUGAGGAACAAGAGGAAGGUUAUAGGAAGCCAAGUUAUGGAAGAUCUGAAGAACAAGAGGAAGGUUAUAGGAAGCCAAGUUAUGGAAGAUCUGAGGAAGAAGAGGAAGGUUAUAGGAAGCCUAGCUAUGGAAGAUCUGAGGAAGAGGAAGGAAGUUACAGGAAACCUAGUUAUGGGAGGUCUGAGGAUCAGGUGGAGAGUUACAUUAAGCCUAGCUAUGGAAGAUCUGAGGAACAGGAGGAAGGAAGUUAUAGGAAGCCUAGCUAUGGGAGGUCUGAGGAGCAGGAAGAGGGGAGUUACAGGAAGCCUAGCUAUGGCCGUGGAAAUGACGAUGAUGAUGAUGAGCAGCGUAGGAACCGUUCUGGUUCUGGUGAUGAUGAGGAAGGGAGCUAUGGCCGCAAGAAAUAUGGUGACAAUGACUCUGAUGAGGAUGAGGAGAAGAAGAAGCACCGUUACAAGCAUCACCACCAGAGACGUCGUGAUGAAGACGAUGACUAAAACCUCUCAGUACUUGAGAGUGUAUUGAGAAAGUGUGUUUGCCUAGCUUCAAAUAACUACUAAAUAAAGAGCUAAGUCACAUAUCUUUCUACAUAAUAUCUUUCGAUGUUGGUGUUGUGUUUGUUUGAAUCUCUGUAUUACUGCAGAGUCUGAGUUUGUACUGGUUCAUAAUAAGACCUUGAAGUUGUAUUGGGUCACCAUGUAACUGGUGCUACUCUGUUUCGUUAUCUAUCUAUUGUUUGUGUUAUGAUUUACUUUUAUAUCCUUAUAUGAUUAUGAUGAUUCAUUUCGUGUAA